CUUCCGGUACUGUCUCGGGUCACAAUGCUCGCGCUGAGAGGAUUAAAGAGGCUAAAGUCUGUUUUAUCACAACACGGAAACACAACUGUAAGAAGCGUCACAACGACGUCACAUGAAGUGCGACACAAAGACGACACGCUGGUGAAGAUGGAAAACCCGUUCAAAGAGCCUCAGAAAGGAUGCGUCCUCUGCAGCGUCACAGUGGACUUCAAGAACACUCAGCUGCUGUCUCAGUUCAUCUCUCCUCACACAGGUAGAAUCUACGGUCGUCACAUCACAGGGUUAUGUGGAAGGAAACAGAAAGAAGUGUCCAAGGCCAUAAAGAAAGCUCACUCCAUGGGUUUCAUGUCUGUGACCCACAAACAUCCUCAGUUCAUGAGGGACCCAAACAUCUGUGGAAUCAAACAUCUGGAUUAGUGAUCAGUGUUUAAUAAAGCUGUCAGAACUC